CACACUCAAAUCACACAUCAUACUGCACAAAUUCCCUCACUCUCUUCACAUAAGCUUCUAGGCGAAGUAACCACCUAACAAGAGAACAAAGAAAGAACCAAUAGAGAACGCGGAAAAAAAUAACAGGAAUGGCAUCUACUUCAGCAGUUUCAAUGGCUAUGCCACCAACAUACACAACCCAGAAAAAGGUUGUUGGGGUGCCUAGCUCUGAGGCAUUCUUGAAGCCACUUCCUCUAAGGACUCCAAAGGGUGUUGCAGCAUCAGCAACAAAAUCCAAUGGUACGUUUCAAGUGAGUGCUUCCAUGAAGGAGAAGGUUGUGACAGGGCUCACAGCAGCUGCAUUGACAGCUUCAAUGAUGGUUCCUGAUGUGGCUGAGGCUGCUGUCAGCCCUUCACUCAAGAACUUCUUGCUCAGCAUAGUAGCUGGUGGAGUUGUGCUUGUGGUCAUUGUUGGCGCUGUCGUUGGUGUCGCCAAUUUCGAUCCUGUUAAGCGAAGCUGAAGGAAUUCUUGAGAUGCUGCAGGGAAUUUUUAGUGUUUUAUCUUAUGAUGAUUUGUAUCUGUAAUGUUUUUUUCAGUAAUGAACUGAAACCUCUUGUGUCUACUA